UCCUCCUCGUGCUUCAAGGAAACAGCUGAUCUGAAGGGAAAAGCUGAUCCGAAGGCAACAGCGAUCUGAACAACAGCUGAUCUGAAGGCAACAGCUGAUCUGAAGGCAACAGCUGAUCUGAAGGCAACAGCUGAUUUAAAGUCAAGUCGAGCGGGUUUUCGAGGAUAACAGACAGACAGACAUCAUGAACUGCCUCCUUUUUUCGGUCCUGGCAUGCACGGCGAUGGGCGUGUCUUCCUUCCCUCAAGCCACGGGCGGCGUGCAGGCCAGCCCCCCCAGGCCCCCUUCGCCCCGGGCCUCACGCCUGAGGUCCAACAAGCCCGCGACAACUUCUACGCCGCCUACAACUACCUCGCCGAACUGGCCCACGUGGCCCCCGACGACCCCCCUCCCGCCCCUGCCGCCUCCUCCCACGCCCCCGUCUCCGUCGCCUCGCCCAUCACCACCCCGAAGGCCGCCCCGCCCAUCGCCUUCCCCAUAACCACGACGCCCGUGCCCUUCCCCCCCGGAUACCAGUUCGGCGGACUCACCCCCGACGUCGCCCUCGCCACGGCCGACUUCUUCAAGGAGUACAACGCCGCCGCCGCCAGAGCCGCUCCUGUCGCCGGCUAGAGGGCGCUGAGAGAGAGAGAGAGAGAGAGAGAGGAGGGAAAGUGAGUGAGAGAGAUAGAGAGGGGGAGGG